AUGAUCAAAGUUGAUCGACAAUGCUUGACACUGCAUCUUGUGACGCAUAAGAUUAGCAUGGCAUGGCAUUGGCAGCAACGAUUUGAUCCGAUAAAUGUGGAAAGUGCGUGUCAGCAACAGAUUCAUAAGAUCCACAAGUCUAUGCCGUUUGAUAUCUGGUUAAAGGAAAAGAUUAGAGCUCACCAAAAUUAUCGCAUACAAGAGCGAAUUGCUACUGAUCGUCUGCGUACUGCAGCAGAAAUUGAUGCAUCUUUUCGAGAUUGGCUUCGUCGAAAACGCAUGAUUAAAAAACAAAAGAAUGCAGACGAUGCUGAUACUAGUGGCAGUGCUAAGCCUAAACCAUAUUGUAAACCUCCGUCUUUGCAUGUAAAUCCGAAAUUGAAAAAAGGAUCAACUCGCACAGCAGAACAUACCUCUGUGAUUGAAAGUAAAUUGCGUUCCAAACAUUCAGAAUUCGAAAAUCAACAAGCUUAUAAUGCUUGGCUGGCUCGAAUACGUGUUCAAGACCGUGUGAGACGACUUCAGCGCCGCGAUGAACUCAUCAAACUUGAGCAACAGCAACGUGAAAAACACAGGAUCACGUGGCGCAAGAAGCUGGCAGUUUGUGCCUAUUCAACCCAAGCACUGUAA